GUCUGCUCCGUCAGAAAACGUCUUUAUAUAAAUGUAUACAUAUCUCCUUUACCAGAACAUUGGAAGGUUCCGUUAGAAUGCAGUUUGUUCCGAGGCUACCCUCCAUCCUUCUGCUGGGUGUGGUGUAUGUGGCCUAUGUGUUGAUUGGUGGUGCCGUGUUCUGGAGACUGGAGGGGGAACUGGUGGAACAGAACCAAGCUCUGCUCAGAGAACAGAAGAGCAGAUUGCUGCAGAGACUCACCUGCUUGGACAUCCAGGGCCUUGAGGAAGUGGGUCAGUUAAUCCAAUCAGCAUCUAAGUAUGGCCUUAGUCUGAAGAGCAACUCCACCGCUGAUGGCUUCUGGAAGUUUACAAGUUCCUCGGUCUUCGCUGCCACUGUUGUCACCACAAUCGGUUAUGGAAAUAUCAGUCCCAACACAAUGUAUGGACAGAUCUUCUGUGUUUUCUUUGCUUUGUUUGGGAUACCUCUUAAUGUGGUGGUCCUCAACAAAAUUGGCAAAUACAUGCUGUCCAUUGAGAGAAGACUCUGUGACUUCAUUGCGAAGAAGACCGAACGCAAAAGGUGUGUGGAGGUACUAAUCCACAGUCUCUCGUUCGCCACUAUGGCAAUGCUGUAUUUUGUGGCCCCUGUGCUGGUUGUCCAGAGGUAUGAAGGCUGGUCCUAUGCCGAAGCAGUCUACUACUGUUUCAUCACUCUCAGCACCAUUGGCUUUGGAGACUAUGUUGCUGAUGACGAUCCUGACCGCUAUUACCCAGAGUGGUAUGGACCCAUCAUGGGAGCCUGGAUAUUCUUUGGCCUCGCUUGGCUUGCCCUUCUCGUCAAUCACAGCAUUGACCUCCUUGAACGAUUUAAUGGCUACAUGAAAGAGAGGCGAGAGGGUAUAGCUUCAUCGUCAGAGGGCAGCCAGCAAGAACAGACCCAGGCACCAGAAGAAAAGUCCUAAGUGAGAGUAUAAAUCUAAACUAAUGGGAAAUGUGGUGACGAUCUCCUUUGGGAUGAACAAGUUUAUUUGAGAGUGGUUUUGUAGUUUGUAGAGCAACAAAUAGAAUGGCCACAAGUGCAGUUUGCUAAUUGCUUUAAAGGAACGUGCCAACUUUUCUGGAAUAAUUAGCUUGCUGUUCACCCUAGUUAAAACACUACAUACCAUUCACUUCAUUAUUCCAGUUAGCCUAUAGCUAGCCUAUAGCUCAAAGGGAGCUAAAGACUAACUGGUCUAAUCCACACUUCCAGUGAAUUAUGCUAAACUAGGCUAACGGUGUCAGAUUGGUUGUUGCAUGUACAGAGAAGAGAAGGGUAUCUACAGUAACUCUGGAGUAGACGUGGGCUGGUAGUAAACCAGACCCUGGAAUCUUUCAGAUUAAGGGUCUGGCCACGAAUGAUGAAAAUGGCCCAAUUCGAGGGGCGGCACCAAGCAUGCAUUUGAAAAUCUCAAUUGGACGCAAUUGGAUAACACUACGACCAAUGUUUACUCUGACUGAUUCUGGACUUCGACGCAAUUUGUUAUGACCAAAACUGAAAGUUGUAGCGCUGUGUUCAUCAGUUCAGCUCACCUUUGUCCUGCCAUGCCGGUUUGAUUGGUUGCGCCAAUAUUGGUGCAAAACGUAAUGUGUAUCAUUGCUCGAGGCCAGAGUAUCUUGCGGGCACAAAUUGUGCUCUCGCGAGAACUCUGGAUUUCCAGGGUAGGGUAGACGGCCAAUAAGUUAAUUUCUCCAAAUGUUGGAGCGUUCCUUAAAAUGAAGAGAAUAUAGGAUGGAUUCCCAAACAGUAUGGAGAAUGACACUGCUGGGCGAAAAUAGUUUAGCAUUUUUAAGACUAAAUAGAUACUAUUGUCAUAAUGUUUAUAUAUCAAGAUAUACAAGAAGAGGUCAUUUAGUCUUUUAUAUA